GUUCAACCUUGUCAGAUUAUCUCCUUUCUUUUCAUGUUUCCGGAAUUUUUACUUAUCUUUUUGUGCAAUAUGCUGCUGGGAACAUACCAGCAGUAUCGCAAAAUUGGUCAUCGUUGAUUUACCACCUCCGCAAGCUUGAGCUUUCGUAAGUCUUACAGGCGACAACAUCAACGCCACGACACCCGUACUUUGCUAGAAGUGGCCAACCACUAGUAGCACGCCUUUGAAGUCACAGUCAAGAUGGAGACACAAAUUAGGACAUCUAGCUUACGGCAGAGCUGUGUCUUUUGUCGAGGCCGGAAGAUUCGAUGUACUGGUGGGCGCAUCUGUGGGGCUUGUCGAGACCGAAAUAUCAACUGCAUCUAUGCCCCUGAAGCCCGCAAGGGUCGGCCCAAGCGCAAAGGGGUGGAGGACCAGCGCACCCCCAACUCCGGUAAUAGCAAGCGCGACAAGAAGCAACAUACGACGUCGGUCAACGCCUCACUGGCCGGUGGUAGGGGUGACGAUUCAGUAAACAAUCACGCACCUGCAGCCCUCACCAAAAUCCACACACUGGGUACCGACCUGGAGCAGAUGUUUGAUGAUUAUUUCAUUAGCAAAAUUGGAUCGGAAUCCAACCUUCUUCAGGAAUCUAUAACACUUUUCCAGAGACGCCACCAGCAGCCGUUUGCCGAAACACACCCUAGCCAUCCUACACACCAUCGCUUGAACUAUGAUGGGCUAUUAUCCGCCAUAGCCCAAGAGAUGCUGGAAAUGCUAUUACUGCGCGUUGACUCUUUGAGAUGUGGACAGCCAGAUGAGGCAAACCGAAACUUCUUCCUCGCCAGUCUGGCGGCUGACACCACAUUGUCCAUGUUCGACCAUCCACAUAAUCCAAAUCCUUUAGAAGACCUUGGAAAACAUCGCAUUUUGCAGUUAAUUGACUUGUGGUAUUCCGGGCAUCCUCUGUCGCCACUGGUAUCAAAGACACUGCUUAUUGGUGACGUUAAGGAUGAAACGGUGGACAAGGCUCUGUUGGCGAUUAUUUUGGCUGAUGCGUGUCAUGUUCAAGGCGGUUCUAUCGAGCAGGAUGGGACUAUAAAUGAUGAAUCCCAGAGGUUGUUUGAGUUUGCUGCCGCACAGCUUAAACAACGCCGACUGCCACUUAGCGACACUGCAACUCUGUCCACCUUACAAGCUUUGUUUCUCAUGGCAUGGAGGGAGCUGUGCUUGGGCCACGCUCGGCGGGCAACAUGCAUAGUGGGCUAUUCUUGCUACAUGGCCUCCCGCUUAGGCAAGACAUGGAAGAUAAAUACAGGGAUGGACAGCGUAAAACUGAACGGAGUUGAGAUCGGCAUGGUCAAGAAAGAGAUCUUACGAAAUGUUCACUGGUUGUGUUUAUCGACAACCUCCUGGGCCUUCAUGCAAUUUGGCCACGCCCUGACGCUCUUCGGCCCCGAUGAGAUCUCGGAUUUCCCCUGUCUAGAUGAGACCACAUCGGCUCUGAUCCAUUUAGAUCAGGCAUCAGAUAAUAUAUCUACGCUCCCGGCACAGAUUCAAGCCCUACGUUGUCUCUGGCCCCUUAGCCAUAUCUCUACCACAGUGGCCCACAUUUACAUUUUGUAUCUCAAUACGCCUGCUAAGGCAGUACCGCGUGGCCCAUGGCAAGAGCAGCAUAUUCAUCAAUUGCACAAUCUCCUUCAGUCUUGUGUUGAUCUCCCCACACUGUCUUCAAAGAUCCGGGACGUCCUCCUCCAGGCAGUACAGGUUGCCGAGAAUCGUAAUACGACCUCGCCUUCACAGCUUUACCUCUUGGUUGGGUACCAUAUCAUCAUCAUACAUAUGCUAUUUUCUAAAAACGGUAUGGAUCCAAACCCGUCUAACAUCUCAUCUACGGUCAUCCAUGCCUUCUGCCAGUCAGCAGCAGCCCUCCUCGCCCUGUCGCAACGCUCUUUAUCCCUAGCAAAGGGACUGAUUCCGGUACAGAGGGAAGGGGGGAUAGAGUUCACUGGCAUGCUGGUCCUGGGUCUCGACACCUGUAGUAGAGCCCUGGUUCGCAUUUAUGACCACCUGAACCGAGGCUCAAUCGAUAGUCAAAAGAUGAUCACAGCAACGAGAAAACAGCUAGCAGGCUAUGCCGAUAAGUUCCACCAUGUCUGUAAAGGUGACGCUGUUAUGCGAUGCGGAUCCGUGAUACGACCGAUUAAAAAACGGCUUAAAUGGGCAAAACUGGCCUUUCAACACUUGCAGGCCCCACCGGAGUCCCAGUCGGUGUUUUCCCCUAUCCAGGACCGGUUUAUUGGGAUUCCUGUCUCAUCUAUCGCCCAGGACUUCCUGGUUGACCCCACCUCCAUUGCCAAACCUACGCAUAUGUCAUCAUUGUCAGGUAGUAUGCCAUGUGAAGUAGAGACUACUGACCCAUUCAUUUUGGCGGAUGAUCCCGUUAUCGGCUCGCUCCUAGGGUUUCAUGAAUUCACUAAUGUUCAUGAGCAACCAUCUCGGGACUGUGCGGACACAGAGGUGAGCAAGCAAAACACAGAAACAGAGCGAGAUCUCUUUCACAUGCCGGGCUCGAUAUCUUUACUUCUUGACAGUAAUCUCAGUGGGGAACGCCUAGAUUUGGUGCAUGAUAGCCAGUUACACGUCUUCUGAUAUGACAGAAUCGGCGUCUACCAACGCUAUUGGUUUUAAACCUCCGGAACUGAAAUUUGAUACCGAUUUGUGGGCACAAUUGGCCAACAACCCUGAUGACAAGACGGGGCCCUUGUAUGCCAGCUAAUAAGCAUUUAUGAGUGCAAUCAUCGCUCAAGCUCGGAUGACCUAGUUCGAACGGACAGGAAUUUUUU